UUUGUCCGUCCGUAAUAUAGGGUAAAAACCGAGAGGAGAGCGAUGCACGACAAAGAUGGCAGGUCAAUUCUUCUUUCUUAUUCUUCUUUUGGAUUUCUUAAUUCCAGUUUUAGGAUCCUCGAUACCUGCGAUUCCACUCCCAGAAUUCCCAGAAUUCCCUACAAAUGAUUCCCCCCAUACAUGUAAUCAUUCGGCGAUAAAUCAGUGUGAAUCGACAAAAGCAGGCGUCCACUAUGAAAAAUCCAUCGAUCCCUGCAAUUUUUAUGAAUAUUGGGGAAACUGCCUGAAAUCCUUGAAGCAAAACUGUACAGGUGAUUUUUAUUAUGAAGAGCGAGUUUACAGUCAGCAAUUUGAUGGAGAAUAUUAUUGCCCUUGGCUUUUUCCAGGUGAUCAACCGGCCCCUGGUUGUGAUAAGAGGCGCAUGUUUCAAUGUAAAAUAAAAACGCCAGAACAAUGGAAGAACAGGGAUAAGUGUCCAUUUCUCAUUAAGCAAAGGGAUUGCCUGGAAUCUUUUCGAAAUUCCUGUUCAGAGUAUAACAGGUAUAAUUUACAGGUCCAUGACUGGAGAUACAGUGCCUACCUGGACUGUCCUUGGCUGUUAGGAUGCAACGUGACACAGUAUCAGUCCUGUUGGAAUAAAAUUGACUUUUCGAAAGUUGACGCCUAUGAUCCAUCGUCUUUUAAUGUUUUAUGUAGCGACAUCAUGGAUGAUACGUUGCCAUGCAUCAUUGACCAGACCAAUCGCUGUGAGUACGAAGAGGAGUCAUUACUUUACAAGAACCAAUGGGAGUUCCAGAUGAUUGUCUACUCCUGUUACGGAACGCAAGAGUGCAAUCUUGUGAAAUUAAACGAAUGUGCCCUGGAUAACUAUUCUGAGAAUGUCUGGUUAAUGUCUAUCCCUACACCAAGACAGGCUACAGCAAUCUGUAGGAACUAUAAACAAUACAUGAACUGUGUGAAGACAUACAAAGAAGCCUGUGUGAAGUAUAAACCCAAUCUUGGGACAGUCGGCCAUAUUUCACUAUCCGCCGUGGUCGACCGCAUGGAAACACUGAACAAAUAUCUGUCUUUGUUGUGCGAAGAGAAAUAUACGGAUGUAACGACAUAUGGCAAAGAUUGUUUUGACACACCAGCGACCAGCUUUAAUUUGUUUGCCUGUGAAAGUGAGAAAAUACCCAUGUUUAAUUAUGCUCCAGAUGAACAGAGAUGCAUAUCCAUCCAAAAUCUAACAACUUGUAUCGAGAACGCACUCAAGGAAACCCCAGCUUGUGUUGAGAAAUCCAUAUCAACAGCUCAAGAGGUGGCUGUAUCUUGGGAACAGUUCCAAUUGUCUUUAAAUCACGGGUUUAAUUGUGAUGGUUCUAAACCAGUACGCCCAACGACAACAAGUCCAACUAAACCAUCUAGACCCGUCACUACGGAGGACUUGGCAACCUUGCCAAAUCAAGGCAUCGAAGAAGGUGUCAACCAAUCAAACCAAGGCACUAAAGAAGGUGUCAACCAAUCAAACCAAGGCACCAAAGAAGGUGUCAACCAAUCAAAUCAAGACACUACAGAAGGUGUCAAUCAAUCAAAUGAUGUUUUACUAGGACAUUGGAUGCUUUAUGUUUUGACAUUGAUCAUUUGUGUAUGUAAUAUGUUCAAAAACUAAAUAUUAUAAUCAUCUCUCAAAGAUCAAUUCACAAAAAAUACUUCUUUGUCUGUUCAAUAAGUAUAAUAACAAUUCGCAAUUCAUAAAUGUAUAUACACUAACUUGAAUAUAUUCUAAAAUUGUA